UAAAGCUUAUUUUGUUCUCAACUUUGGUGAGAGAGCCAUCUAGUGACCAGCGACAAAAACUGUUGCGAGUGUGACAUUUGUGUAUUUUGUGCAAUUUGAAAUUAUCCUUGUGUUCCAAAAUGCCUGGACGUCCUCUUUGGCAGUGCGCUGGCAAGCGUGAACCAGAAAAGGAGAUAGAAGCCCAGCAAUGGAUUGAGGCGGUGAUCGGAGAGCGGUUCCCGAACAUGCCUUACGAGCAGGCGCUCCGCGACGGCAUCAUACUAUGCAAGCUGAUGAACCGGCUGCAGCCCGGCAUCAUCUCCAAGGUCAACGUCUCCGGCGGGGAUUACAAAUACAUGGACAAUAUUAACCAGUUCCAAAAAGCAUGUGUGAAGUACGGAGUUCCUGAUGUGGAUCUCUUCCAGACAACGGAUCUUUGGGACCAGAAGAACAUUGCUCUCGUCACACAGACCAUCUUUGCUCUCGGCAGAACAGCAUACAAGCACCCAGAAUGGCGCGGUCCCUUCCUCGGCCCCAGGCCCGCUGAAGAAAACCGUCGUGAAUUCAGCGAAGAUGUUCUCCGCGCUGGACAAACUGUGAUUGGUCUCCAAGCUGGUACCAACAAACUAGCAAGCCAGUCAGGUCAAAACUUUGGCGCUUCACGCAAAAUCAUUCUUGGAAAGUAAACAGCUAUGGUGUACUAAGCUAUAGUGCUCCUGAGAGCCUACCAUAUCUUAAAGUGGAAGCGGGACAUCACUAUACAAGUCAUAGAGCGUCUCCCUUCCACAAGAUUUGGUGAUAGGCGUCUUGAGGUACGUGAACUGCAGGAUGGGGGAGGAAGACAAAAGACAAUCUAUGACGUCAUUAUUAGUUUUGUCAAUUCACUGGUUAACUCCCUGGUCUCAACAUUCAUGUACCUCAGGCAGAAAGCACUAUGAAAACAAGAGAGAUUAUUUCAGUGCCAAUAAAAUGUUGCUGAAAACCUGCACCAUUACUUGUAAGGUCAUAAAAUGUUAUUGUUUAGUUAUUAAGUCCAUGUGUGGUCAAAAUUUUAAUUAUACUCCUACGUAUUACAGGU